AUGUCUGAGGCGGUGCCGAACAAUAUGACCGUGACCACAGAUGAGGCAUCAACAAAUGCUUCUACGGUCACGACGCUCGAAGCCUUGCAAAAGCAGUCCAGCAACACACGCCGCAUGCGACCACCAGUCGUCCUCCACGAAGCAGCCGGUGCCGACGAGCCCCGAGUACCCCUUCGCAGCGGGCCGCGCGAAGGUGGGCUGCGCGCCACCAACCCUGAGAAGCUCGCCCACAGAGAGUCGCGCUUGGGCCUGCGCGGUCUGUUUUCAAGACACAAGUCCUCCGGCCAGGACGUGCGUGCCUCCAUCGUCGACUUUAGCAGCUGGCCUUAUUUUCAUACGCCAAGGUCCGAAUCGGCACUGUCAAAGAAUCCGCACGCUGCAUCGUCGUCGCUGUCCGUUGUGCCACAGGAGCCCGAACCGAAGACGGAUCUUCCGGUCGCGCCCACGCCUGACCGCUCUACCCCGACACCGACUCUCCCUGGUCAGCAGGCUCCUGUGACCGCCACACAGCCUACCGAGUCGGCAGUGCCAUUAAUAGGAACACCGAGCACCACCAAGGCCAAGAAGCCUGCUGUCCCGUUGCGCAGCCGGACGCCAAUAUCCUCGUCACGCGCCGUUCGGGGCUCACUCGCUACCUGGGAUCCGCCGCCACUGUUCCAAGCAUACCCCCAGGCCAUCAAGCAUGCCCAGUUGCCAAUAUGUACCACAUCUAUCGAGGUCCUCAUGCGCCUGCAGGGGAGCGUCGCUGGCGGCGACGGGGCCGCACGUGAGGCUGACUCACCGGAAGAUGGGGUUGAGAAGCUCGCGGAGAAAGCAAAAAGACGACACCGUCGCAACACCUCGGGCUCUUCCAUGAAGCUCGACUGGGUGACCAAGAUCUACGUUCUCGUCACCUCGGGCUAUCUUUUGCAAUACUCCGCCGAGGGCUCCUUUGACCGCCUACCGGAAAAGAUCCUGCCCAUCAGCCGCGACUCGGCCGCGUUUGCAAGCGACCUGAUCCCGGGACGCCACUGGGUCUUGCGUGUUAGCUCGUCCAUGGACGUCGACGGGUCACAGACAAACGACUCCCGCUCUCUAUUUUCCCGCUUGCCCUUCCGCGCCGCCGAGCGUCGGCAAGCCACUACCUUCCUCUUGGUAUUUGAGAGUGCCGAGGAGAUGGAGAGCUGGAUUAGCAUCCUGCGCCGCGAGAUCGAACAGCUGGGCGGCAAGAAGCAUCUUUCCGAGACGGGCAAGCCCAAGGCCGAGAACGGCGUCGUCGACCCACGAUUCCAGGUCAACCACCGGACGCUGGUUGUGCGUGACCCGGAGCGCUUUUCGCGGAUCCUCAGCCCAAGUGACGUGGCACAUAUCCCCCGCCACACGCCAAGAGAGGGAAACCAACAUCAACACCUCGAGGCGCCUUCGCCCGCGGCUACUAUGUCACCCCCCGACCGCGACCCUCUGAGCGACGACAUGUCGACGACCAACAGCGUCUACUCGCAGGAUGGACGCCAGCUCGAGAGUUUGCGGGACAGCGCUGGCAACCGGUUUUCGUACAUAUCGUCUGGCCAGCGUACGAUUGUGACAUCCGAUAGCUCGUCGCCGCCAUGCUCGCCUGUCCGGAACAGCUUCACCAGCAACCACAACGCCCAGACUGACGAGCAACAAGGCACGACGGUCACAUCCACACCAUCGCCCCCACCACCUCCACCAACACAACCACAACCGGCUCCCGAAAGCCCAGACGCUCGGCCAGCGGUUCGGUUACGGACCAACGCUGCAGCCAUCCUCGAACGUAGGCAAUCAAUGCAGGUCAUGACCUCGAGCCAACGCGUGGCGGACAUUCAUAUGCUGCCGACGCAGCUGCCGCCGCCGCAGCCACCGCCGACAGAGGCCCUACCCCGUUUGCCGACUUCUACGUUCUCCAUGUCAAAACCUCUUCCUCCACCAGUUCCACUGCGGCGCGAGACGAACUUUAGUCUCUUUGACGCCGCGGCAACCAUCCCCAACUUCAGCGUCCCGCAUUCGGCAUCGAAGCGCUACUCGGCCGUCAUGAAAACUUCCGCAGCACCCGGCAUGCCCCCGACACAGGACCUGCUUGCACAGCCUGUGCCUGAGUCUACGCUGGCUGCGACAUUUUCUGCCUUCCCGCUGCCACCUCGCGAGGCCCCGCCGCGACUACAGCAAUCCGCAUUCGGCCCGCCAAGUACCAGGAACAGUCGACGGCGGCUGCCCCCGCCGUCCCUGGCCUUCUCACGACCGCUGUCCAUUGUCGCGGAUCACGCAUCGCCGAGUACAACAUCGCCGCCGCUGGCUGGGGAGGUUGUUGUUUCCAAUGCGGCACUGGACGACAACAACCCAAGCAGCCCUGGUUACGGGUCCGAUGUGCCCGACACGCCUGCCCUCUUUGAUGCCUGGAAGAGCCCAGAGCCCGUGUUUGCAGAGCAACCCUCCUCACCAACCCGGCCGGUGUCUCGGCGACGCAGUGGAUCGUACUCGUCGCUUUCGCGAAACAGCAACAAGCCAGGCAGCAGCGGCAGCGACAAUAGCUAUGCCACGGCAUCGGAGGUCCCAGUCCGCAACAGCCCCCGCAGACACUUCAGCAUGCUCGCGCUGCGCUCGGUCUCUGACUCGGCGUCGGAGCGUAUUGAGCCACGGACCGUCGUCGUGCCCCAGCGUGCCUCGAUGAUUCUGCCCUUGUCCAAGUACAAUGCACUGUCGCCAGAGCUGCCAGAGGACGAUCCGAGAGAUAACUGGACGGCACCGCCACUGGCACCGCCUCCGUCACAGCCCCUUCCCCAACCCCCGUCGCGGCCGCAGUCGCGUGGACAGUCGCAGUCGCGGACAAGCUCUCUGACUCGCCUGCAAAGCCGCUCGCCUGCACGUCCAAGGUCCUCGCAUGGCAGCAACGGCAACCGUGGCAGCAGUGACUUUUCUUUCCCGCUGCCUCCUGGCAACAAACGGGCGAGCAUGUUUGUUCAGCCGAGUACUGGUGUCGGAGGAAGCAUCGCCGAUGGUCGUCAAACGUCGCGGCCGCUGUCGCUCUAUCAUGCCACUGCGAUGUCGCGGGCUGGCGGCAGUGUCGACACGGGCCGCGGCCGCACCUCGAUCAAGCCCGAGCCUCUGGCGACGCUGGCGGUAACUGAUGCAUCGAACGGGUCGCUCGCGCCACCGGUCAUGCACGCACGUGCCCGCUCCACAUCUUCCAAUGGCGCACUGUACCGCCGCAGCCCGCCGCAACUGGCCGACGGACCACCGCCCGCGCCGCCACCAUCUUGCGCGCUCCCGCCCCUGCCUGUAAAGGCGCCCGAACCGGAUCCUCGGCGGCGAAUUCUGCCGGUCUGA